CAUCAGGAAGUGCAGCGGCCGGGGUGUCAAGAGCUGUAUCUUCGCAGACGAAAACACUACUGGCGAGCAUUAUGACUGUAGCCUGCUGGAAUGGGAGCACACCCUUUUAAGAUAAAGUGAAUCUGGUCUUCGCGCCGCCCUGACAAUGCUGCAGCCACAAGCCGACAGCAUGGAAGUCAUGGGGGCGGGUGUUUCAACCCACAGCCCGCAAAGCGAGGCAGUGACCAGCGAGCUCCAGGAGCUGUCCCUGCAGCCUGCUCCAAAGGAGCUGCGGCUGCAGGAACGUAAGAAUGUCCUACAGCUCAAACUCCAACAGAGGCGCACGCGAGAGGAGCUGGUCAGUCAAGGGAUCAUGCCACCACUGAAGAGCCCGGCGGCCUUUCAUGAGCAACGGCGCAGUCUGGAGCGCGCAAGGACUGAAGACUAUCUCAAGAGGAAGAUCCGGAGCCGUCCUGAGCGCUCUGAGUUGGUCAGGAUGCACAUUCUGGAGGAGACGUCGGCAGAGCCCUCCCUGCAGGCCAAACAGCUGCAGCUGAAGAGAGCUCGGCUCGCCGACGACCUCAAUGACAAGAUCUCUCACAGACCGGGUCCCAUCGAACUGGUGCACAAGAACAUCCUGUCUGUCUGUCCUGAUCAGCACUCGCCACCUGAUUCCCCAAAGGGAGCCGGAGGAGAGAUCUCCUCUCUGGACGAAGACAGCAGUGACGCGCUGUCACCCGACCAGCUGGCCAAUCACGACUCUCCUGUGAGUACUGUCCCGCAGCCAUCGCCCUCCGAGGUGCUCGCCCAGAAUGGAGACAUGUCGCCCACACAGUUUGUGAUGCAGGCCGCUCCAAAGCCUCCUCCUGCUCCCGUGGCAAACGGGUCAGGUUCACCCCCACCCGUGAAAGUGGCAAACGGGACCAUAACCCCCCGCACACCCUUUGGGCAGUUGAAGUCUCACAGUAAGACGAACUCUGAGCGUCCUCCGCUGAGAUCCAAGAAAGCAAAGGACAGCAAACCCAAAGUGAAGAAGCUGAAGUACCACCAGUACAUCCCUCCGGACCAGAAGGCGGACAAGGAGCGCCCGCCUCUGAUGGACUCUUCCUACGCCAAACUCCUCCAGCAGCAGCAGCUCUUCUUGCAGUUACAGAUUCUCAACCAGCAACAGCAGCACUACAACUACCACACCAUCCUGCCUGCGCCUCCAAAGCCAGCACCAGAGCAGCCCCUCCCGACGAACCCUAGCCCUUCCCCCACUCGCAACGUUCCCACAGCCCCCAACAGCACCUCAACCCCGACGAAUGGGAAUGCACGCCAGGGCCAAACUUCGGUGGGAGGGGCCAAACCGACCACUUUGCCCGCCAACCUGGAUGAGUUCAAAGUCGCUGAGUUGAAACAGGAACUGAAACUGCGAGGUCUGACCGUCUCCGGCACCAAAAACGAUCUCAUCGAGAGGCUCCGCCACUACCAAGAGCAGAACGCCGCCCCUGCGGCCGUAUCGAAAAAUGACGUAGUGCAACCCAUCCAUCCGAGCGCUGCCUCUGCAUCGAGCACCGUUGCAGCCGCGGGAUGCGACCCCUCGCAGGCUGAGGGAGGGGGGUUCAAGGUGGCUCUGUCCCCACUGACUCAGUCUUUUCCUGGUCGAGUCAUACGUUUUGGCAGCACCAGCUCCAGCCCGCCCGUGUCUCCUUCGCCAUCUGAACGCUCAUUAGCGGGGUUGAGUCCGGAUGAAACCAGCUGUAAUGGAGACAUGUUUGGCGAGAUGGUGAGCUCUCCCCUGACUCAACUCACCCUGCAUCCCUCUCCCCAGCAGCCAUCCACCACCUCUCCUCUUUCCCAACCAAUCAGUAAGCCCAAAGAAGAAGGUCAGAGCUCAUGCAGCCUCCACAGGUCUUCACCCGGCUCGGUUAAGCCCCCGGAGCCUUUCUCUGCGGUCGCCAUGGACUCAUCCUCCCUGGACAAAGACCAGAUGCUGCAGGAGAAGGACAAGCAGAUCGAGGAGUUGACCCGGAUGCUGAGGCAGAAGCAAAGGCUGGUGGAGACGCUCAGAUCGCAACUGGAGCUGGGAAAGAUGGCGGGAGGAGUGUCGUCGGAGCGGGAAGGAAGCAACAAGAGGACCGCGUCUCCAAAUGUGAAAACCCAAACACCCGUUCAAGCCUCGGCCGUCAGACCUUCCGUGCUUCCCAACGGCUUGGUGAAGGUGAAGCUGGAAGCUGAGACUGAGAAAAGUAGGACGGGUGUAAGGGAGGAGGCCCAAAGCAAAAGGGUGGUUCAGCCUAUGCAGUACUCCAAGAAGUCUUCAGACGUUAAACCUCAAACACUCAUUAAAGCCUCGGCCAUCCAACCUCCCGUGCCUCCCAAUGGCCUGGUGAAGGUGAAGCAGGAAACUGAGACUGAGAUGGCGCCAGUCCUCAUCAACCAACAGAGCGGCACUCAGAUUCACACUCAGGCUAUUUCGCUAGACCUCCUCAAGGCUGGCGGCACACUGGUCACCGACUCCAACGGCAACCACUACUUGAUCGCCCUCACCGGUAGUACGGCGGAAAGCCAGAAUCAAAGGCCCUCGCAGAGCAAAAGCAACGGACACGUCACUUUGCAGAGACUGCAGUCGACUCCGAACAAGCUGCCCAGCACUUGCAAGCAAUCACAAGAACAGAAAGACAGCCAGGGCGCAAGCGGGCUCGUCAAAAAGGAACUGAAAGCAAACCGGCACGCGAACAUCAACGGCGUCGCGGCGGCCAGUUCGUGCGUGACCGCUCCCCCCGCCCUACAGCCUUUUUUCAGCGACCCGUCGGACAGCGAAAGCCAAAGCAGCCUGAUCUCCUCCUUCAAGACCGAGCGGGUGUGUCCAUCUUAUGACCGACACACUCUGUUUACUCCUCCCUCCCCCAAACCCAACACCUUUCUUCCUACACAGCGUUCCAAAGGAAACGACGUCAGUUGUCAGCAGAUGGACGACCUAUUUGAUAUCCUUCUCAGGAGUGGAGAAAUCACAGGUUUUAAGGCCAACCCGGACCCGUCGCUCGCUCCAUUACACUCGGACCCACCCACGCCCACCUCCCCACUGUCCCCUCUGCACCUCUCCCCUCCCACCCCUACCUCUCCCUUAGUCUCCCCUCCUGCCCCGCCGAGGGAGCCCUGCACGGGCAGAGGUCAUUUGGAGGACUUCCUGGUGAGCUCCACGCUGCUCGGGGUGGAGCCCAGCGGCGGUCUGACGCUCAUCGACGACCUCCACAGCCAAAUGCUGAGCACCGCCGGCAUCCUGGACCACCCGCCCUCCCCCAUGGACACGUCCGACCUGGGCUUCUCGACCCACACUGCAGGGCUGGACUUUGGGGACGCCGCUUUGGACAGCAUGGACUGGCUGGACAUCUCCAUGGUGGGGAGCUCCAACUCCAGCGGCGGGAGCAGUACUGGGGGAGGGGGAGGAGACGGGGGGACCAGCCUUACUCCCCUGGCUCCGCACACACCGCCGAGUGUCUUCUCUGCUGACUUCCUGGACAGCACGGACCUGCAGCUACACUUGGAGUCGUGUCUGUAGCCUCAGAUGACGGCGUACGGUAUUCCGACUCCUCCUUGAUACCUUCUCUAUGCUGUCUCUUAUCACUGCUGGGCUUUCUGGCACACACAUAUGGAAAGCUGUUUCGGUGUUUGUUUGAUAUCCUUCAUAUCCAUCUUAAAGACCAUAUACUGGUUCACUUUGUCCUCCAUAGGAAGACAAUGCAGUGCAGUCAUAGAAUGACACUGUCUUAUUUGUUCAAUUGUUCUUCCACUACUAGUGACACUUUUGGCCAAAUAGUAUGAAACUAAACCUUACUGGCAAACUGCUGUGCUGCACUGGUAACACUACCAGCCCCAUCCACAAGUAUUGCGUCAUGCACGAGUGGCCUCCUGGACCCUACUAGUGCGCCCUUAGUGCGCACGAUUAUCUUACUAGGGAGAACAAAGCGUACACGAGUACAUGGAACUCAGCAACGGAUGUCAAGGAUAUUGGAUGAAUGCUCAAGCGGCUUCCCAUGCACGCACACAUACACACAGCCCUUUCUAUUAAUGGCUUAUAUUCUGCACUAUGUGGUGGGCUUCAAGUAAUCUGAGCAGUAUUCCAAUGAGGGUUCCUCAGCAAGUUGCGUACCAUUUUGCAUGCUCACUUGCCCAAAAUGAAUCAGUCAUUUCAAGGAAACAAUUACCCAUCCAACCUUGUACUAUCAGAUGGAAGUGUGCGUGAAGCGCAAGUGUGUCAGUGCCUUCUCAACUUUGCACUUAAGUCAAAUCGGUUUAAAGGGGCGUUCAGGUCAGUUGACGAAUGUUGGGCGAAGCCACUUUUUAUGUUAUGUGAGUGAUCAGCUAAGGGGCUUGGAGGGAAAAGGCAGCUGUCGGUGGCUUCCCUCCAUUACCUUAGAAACCUGAUGCCCACCCAUGCGAGUUAAAAAAAACAACAA